AUGAUCUGGCCAAGAGCUGGUCCUGUCCGAAGGCAGGAUCCUGGCUCUUCCAGCACACUACCCCCUAUGAUUACUGAAGCGCCAACCGCAGUUCCUACUACCGGAGAUGUCCUAGUAGUAGCCACCGAUCCCGUCAAGCCCACAACAUUCCAUACCACUUCAGCCCCGUCUGUAACGCAAACUCCACAGUCAUCGCAGGCACCGACGUCACAGACAAGUUCCGGGGAUGGUGGCGGAGGUCUGACCAUGGCCACAAAGGCCGGCAUCAUUAUGGGAACCUUGGGAGGAAUACUGGUGAUUUUUGUGUUAGUUUGGCUCAUCUACAGUGCCAGGAAGAAGGUAGUGGAGAGGAGACGGAGACAGCUUGAAGAUGAUGAAAAGAUCAACGGUCCCUUCUCCGACAGUGCUGCUAUUCGCACUCCGGCCACGGCCCCGAGGCUCAGCCUGCGUCCUGUCACUCAGUUCCUGCCGAGCUUCAACACGACGAGCCACACGGAGACAACGGCCAGCCGCGGCAUUGCCUUGACCCUAAAUCCCGUGGCAUCCCCGUCACCAACUACCUCCCUCUCGCCUCUCGCGCGUCCCACUGGCGCCAGCGCUUGGGAACGCCCGACCAUCGACUCGAUCCAAAGCGCACCCGACGCCUACCGCCACAAGCGUACCGGCACCAACACCAGUCAGCAUCCCAACAACCCCUUCAACGACUCGCAGCGCGUCCAAGACGAGCCCGUUAGCCCCAUCAGCUCAGUCGGCUCGCUCGAGCAGCGCAACCGUCUUGCUGUGGGCACCGGCGCCGACGCUGUCUCGGCCCUCUCCGAGCCCGUCUCACCUAUCGACGACUCCGAUAACGAAAAGGAUAACCGCAUCGGCGUCGCGAAGACUACCCCAGGCAAUGGUGCCGUCCCGUCUAGCGUCGGCCGUAGGACGUCUAUGCGUAAGGACCUGCCUAAGCCACUUGAUCUGACCAAGGCCGCGGCGUCGUCGUCGUCGUUGUCGUCGUCGCAGUUAUAUGCUGCUCAGCCCCCCAGCCCGGCGGGUACUGAAUACAGCAUGCAAAGCAUUGCGCCGGGUCAGACACCCGUGCCAACGGCGGGUGCGGCUGCCAUUGCUGCUGCUGGCGGGCCGCAGCACUCAACUGUGCAUCGGGUGCAGCUUGAUUUUAAACCAACAUUGGAAGAUGAGAUGGAGUUGAAGGCUGGGCAGCUGGUGAGGCUGCUGCAUGAGUAUGACGAUGGAUGGGCCCUCGUCAUCCGCCUCGACCGCUCCGAGCAGGGCGUCGUCCCGCGCACUUGCCUCUCCACUCGCCCCGUCAAGCCCCGUACCAACCCCAACAACAACCCCGGCGCCAGCCUGCGCGGCGGCCCCCCUGUCAACCCCUCCUAUGGUCAUAGGCACCAGAACUCCUUCAGCCGUCCCCGCUCUCCGCACUCGCCGGGGCUCCCGAUACAGUCUAACACGAGUAGACCCUCCUCGCCUGCCGGGGGCUAUGGAGGUCGUGGGGGCUAUGGAUACGGGCAGGGUGCUCCGCCAGGGCAGGCGUAUUGA